UAUAUAACAAAUAAUUUGAGGUCAUGAGAUUUACGCACGUGACCCUUGCACGUGUGACGAACACGUUGCAUGCACGUGCGCGGAACCAAUAUAUCAACAAGAGAGGAGAAAAAGUUUCUCCGGCUUACCAUAACAUGGACGUGUGGCGUCACGACAGUCAGCAUCGUCUUAUGGACCCAGCCCAUGAUAGGUGGUUUAUUUCGAGAGAAAAUUUAGAUUCCACGUUUGAAUGGAACAAGAGUACGAUCUUCCAAACUGCUAUUGGAUUUUUCGGAAUAUUUUGGCUGUACUACUACCUACGAAACAUGGUGGAUCGAGCUAACGUUGUAGAGCGAGGAAUAACGCUGAAACAAAUAGAACGAGAACACGCGGAGGUGUUAACAUUCGAGCCUUUCAUGGCUGAAUUUGCGGCGUUUACUGAUGAAGUGCCCAAGACUCACGACUUCAAACCAGUUAUAGCUGGCAGAUACAGACAAGGACACAGAUACUGAGAAAUUACAUUUGCUUAAAUAGUUUUGUGUAUGAACUUGUUUGUAGCUUAUUAAUCUUAACUGGAAAUAAAUUAAUAAACAAUAUGUAAAUAUGCAGUACGCCAGGACUAAGGACCUCUAUAAUUGCUAGUUUUAUUUAUACUGUUAGUGUCUAUUUAUGAACCUGAUUGAAGAAUCUAUUGGCAAUUAGUAAUUAGCUUAAUUAUGUAAAAGGCUGAACGCGGGGUAGUUUCAAUAAAUUAUUUUGUUCGUAACUUCACUGUUUGUUCAAGAACAAUGCUUUUAAAAAUUCCUGCCAUACUAUGUAUAGUGUUUCCUUCGAUAUUUAUUGAAUAAAUACUAAAUAGGUCUUCUAUUCUCGGCUUUGUCCAUAAAAUCAGCACAUCAAAAUGUUCUUAAUUCAAUUUUCCUUUGUUGAUAAA